ACGAGGUAUACAUGGGUGUACUUUCUUCGACUUAAGUAUGAUCUCUUGACUGUUGCCACCGAGUUUCUUGCUAUGAUUAAAACCCAGUUUGGUAGAACUGUUCGUGUAGUCCGUUCUGAUCCCGGAGGGGAGUUUAGUUCAGGUCCUUUGUUACAACUUUAUCGUGAUAUGGGGAUUUUGUCUCAAAAAUCUUGUCCUGGGGUGUCUCAACAAAAUGGUGUCGUUGAAAGGAAAAAUCGUCAUGUGUUAGAAGUCACCCGUGCUCUUCUGCUUUCCUCCUAUGUCCCAUCGUCUUUUUGGCCUGAAACUGUUGCUACUGCUGUGCGUCUUAUCAAUUAUCAGAUUACACCAGUUCUAAACCAAACUAGUCCUUACUUCCGCCUAUUUUCCAAACCCCCACCAUAUUCCCGUCUUCGCGUCUUUGGGUGCGUCUGUUUUGUUCUUCUCCCUCGAUCUGAAUGCACUAAACUUACUUCUAAAACUGCCCGUUGUUGUUUCCUUGGCUAUAGUGACGUUCAUAAAGGCUACAUUUGUUAUGAUCCCUCCUCCCAUCGUGUUCGUAUUGCCUGUCAUGUUGUGUUUCUUGAGAAUUUGAUGUACCAUUCGUCUUCCUCCGUGUCCACCGACCCUCCCUUGUUCAACCUUUCCCUUGCUCCGCCCUCUUUUGGUGAUGAUGAUGAUGGAUACCUUAAUGAUGAAGCCCCCGAGAUGCCCCCCGACUCCCCUCCUUCGCCCGCGCCCUCGACUUCCAGCUCGUCCGCCGAGUCAUCGUCUGCCUCACCUUCGCCCUCUCCACCUCCAGUGGAAUCACUUCGACGCUCACUUCGCACCACCCGAGGUGUUCCACCGGUACGUUAUCUGGAUUAUAUGGCCUUAAGUGUUGAUCCCAUUUUCGCUCCUACUCGUUACUCACAAGCUAAAGGGAAUCCGGAUUGGGAUAAUUCUAUGACGGAGGAAAUUUAUGCUCUCCAUGCUAAUCAUACAUGGGAUAUGGUCCCUCGGCCUCCUCUUUCUGUUCCAGUUAUUGGUUCUCGGUGGGUCUAUACCAUUAAAGUCCGACCGGAUGGCUCCAUUGAGCGGUUCAAAUCUAGGGUGGUGGCUCAGGGUUUUUGUCAGGAAUAUGGGAUUGAUUUUGAGGAGACCUUCGCCCCAGUGGCGAAGAUGGUCACAGUUCGUGCUCUCUUGACUGUGGCAUCUAUUCGUGGUUGGCCCUUAUUUCAGCUUGAUGUUAAGAAUGCAUUUCUGCAUGGGGAGCUUAAAGAGACUGUCUAUAUGGAACCACCUCCUGGUUAUACCUUCGGUGAGCCAGGCCAGGUGUGCUUACUUCGUCGUUCACUCUAUGGUCUGAAACAGGCUCCUCGGGCGUGGUUUGACAAGUUUCAUUCCACUAUUCUCGCUCUCGGUUUUGAGCAGAGUCUUAAUGAUCCCUCUAUGUUUACACGUAGUUCUUCUCGUGGGCUUGUGGUGCUCUUAUUGUAUGUCGAUGACAUGAUCGUCACUGGUGAUGAUGCCUUGGGGAUUGCUGAACUUACCAAAGGGCUUCAUGCUUCAUUUAGUCUUAAGGAGCUUGGGUAUGUUUCUUACUUUCUGGGACUUGAGGUUAAACGCAGUAGCGCUGGGAUUCUCUUAUGUCAGCGUAAGUACAUUGAUGACUUAUUGGCCUCUUCUCGGUUUGGUGAGUGCUCCGCUGUUUCUACUCCCAUGGAGCUCGGUUUGAAGCUCGGAAGCGAGUCUGGUGAUCUUCAACAACAACUUAUAAACUCUUGAAGGUGAGUUACUUCUUAAAAAGAACUUUUUCUUAACUUCAACAACAACUUAUAAACUUAAAGAUUUAAAUUAAAUAAUAACUCAUGCACAUUCACAUCAAACAUAGCUCAAACAAAAUCACAUAUCAUCAAAGUAAUCAUGCAAUCUCAAACAUGAAUCAUAUAAACACACAAAGACAAGUAUAGCACCUAGCACUCGAUCUCAAAAAGCUGAAAUACCGUAAGGCGUAGAAUUUACCCCCUUUACACUCACCUUAUUCUCGAUCAACCUAGCUUGAAUUUACCACGUCCAAGUGUCAAUCGACAUUGCCUGGCCAUGAUGUUGAUGCCACCGGUUAUGGACGCCAUCUCUUCCUAAAGCCAAGUUAUGUUCAAUAAUCCCAGGGGCUUUCACUUUGACACGUCUUCGCUCGUGAUCGCUUAGAGCCCCUCUUCCAUCAAUAGGUACUCCCAACCCGUCGACCACACGCCCUAGCAUAGCCUUUUCCGCAGGAACAUCCACAAUAGAUCUAGUGCGCUUGACAAGAUCCCCUUCUUUAAUAGCGGUAUCACUACCAAAGACAACAAUCCCUACAUUCUCAUUCUCAAGAUUCAACGCUAUUCCUUUCACACCGGUGGCAAAUUCCACCAUUUCCCCAGCUUGAAUCUCGUUCAAUAAACAAAUAUGUAGUUCAUUUAACUACCAAACCAAAUACCUCCCCCACACUAAAUCAAUGUUCACCCUGAUUGCAUGCACAAUAAUCCAAUACGUUAGCCUUUACAAACCUAGCCAUCACAUCCUUACUACCCUGAUUAAGCCGAUUAAUAAAGCAACCGGUUCUCCAUUUCAACGUAUAAUCACCAUCACCGCCUCACUUAGAUUCCUUCGAUUAAUCAUAUUUAACAAGAUUGAGGUAAUUACCGUGGCCUUGCUCACCUAGGUUCCAUAUCCAAGCAAACCCAGCCUUCUCCGAUCCAUAUAACGUCGAGCCUCACAACCAGUACUGAAGCUCGACUACCCUUCCUCGGCAUGUCUGCACAAGUCCUGAUCUUCAGGUCAGCUCGCCCUCUGGAUACGCCUGUCGUUGUUCGGGUUGACGUUCUCCCGCCACACCAUGGUUGGCAUCGCAUCGUUCGCUACGGUAGUCGUCGGCGGUCAUGUAAUGGUGGAUGCCGGCUCUGCUCACAUCGUUCGUCGAUCGCCAUCAUCGGUGCAACUGAUCGGUGCUUGGCAAUCUCGGUUGCUUGGUUCUCUUUAUUUUUGUUCAUCUCGACUUCCAUGUUGUAGCCGCCCCCAGCGAGAGAUGAUCAGGGAACCAGGGGCAUUGGAUUAGAAAAACUUAGGGUUUCUUAAUUAGUGAAUAGGGACGGGUUAUGGGCAAAGUACCAUGAGGGCCGAGCGCCCUCCUAGCAGUUUCUCUUUUUUUUUUAAAUAAUAAUAAUAAUUAUUAUUAUUAUUAUUCAUAAUCCACGGUUCCAAUCCUUAGUACGUAACCGUUAAUUCAACCGUUCACGUAUUUUGGUCGAACCUGAACCCAAAGUCGGGGUGUUACAUAGGGUUAGCCGAGUAAGUGACCUAGGGUUGAAGACCCUAGUUUGUAUAUAUAUGUAUGUAAGUGAACCUGUUAAGGUCAAGUUGAAUAAGAGGAAAACCUAGCUUCGGUCGUGGACUAGUCUCGUUCAUACAGAACGAGGAAACCACGUAAAUCUGUGUGUCGAUUUCUAUUCCUGUUUCGAUUAACAGGAGGAAGGCUCAACUAUUAUAAGUCGCUACUCGCCUACGAUCAAUGUGAUUUUUCGAUACAGAGCUCAAACCGAGAUUGGUUUUCUCGGCCAAACUCUCCCGAAAAACAAGGCACGAAGAACUCUGUUUUAGGGUUUAAUCUUAAUCAAUCAUAAUCCGUCUUUUACCAGACCCUUCAUGUGAAGUAACAUACGUAAUCUCAUGUGGUAUGAAGCUCCUGACUCGAUUCUCAACACUCUUCUUCGAAUGGAGCUCUAAAGUAGGCUACACAAUCACGUUUCUAGACUUCGCUAUUUUCAUGCAGUUUCUCGGUUUUAGCCGAGGCUUUUGAACAGCUUUGAAAAUGAAUUUUCUAACUUCUCCUCAAUCACCCACACAUUCCAACUUGUAGAGGGAUACUCCAGCUUCAAAACAAACCCUUAAUCUCGAAUUUUCAUCGACCCAUUUGAGAGAACCAGACUAGCAAAGUAGGCCAACUGAAACAGUCAUAACACUUAGCCAAAAAUCAGGUUUAUUAAUAUGAGUUGAGAUAACUUUUUUUGCAAGUAAUUCCAAUGAACAAUCUAGGAUUGUAUCAUUGGGUCAGUGUGACUUUGUUAAAAACUCACCCUACUUGCCUUUGCUAACAUUUUAGAUUUUCAUUAUUAUGUUUUCUUUUUAUUAUUAACACCAGUUUGACAAGUUUUCCAUCCAUAAUAAGGUUUACACAUAUUUCUAAUUUACGAGAUUGGAAUGGGUGUAGAUUUUGUUGAGCGAGUUGAACCCGAUGUUGACGGGAUUUGUUUCGAGAUAGGUUUUUAUACUUUUCUAAUUGAUGGGAUUGAUUCUGUUUUUCUAUCUUCCCAAAUGUUGCCAACAUUGUCUAAAGUGUUAUUUCAUAGAGAUGACCAUUUCGUAACUGAAGGAAACUUGAAGGAUCUUUUUGGUAGUUUUUUUAUUGCUUUUUCUUCUUCCUCUAUUCUGAGCCACACGAAUCCUUCUCUCUCUACUUCUCCUCUUUCACCUCUCUCUUAUCUUUUCCCACCAUCCACCCUCCCUGUCACAUGAAGGAGGAAGGAAAAAAAUAAAUAACAACCCACAUCUCUCAUGAAGAAGGAAUGAGAAUGCAAAUGACCAACGAGUCUGUAGAGGAGUCCCAGUAUUGACGAUCGCGAUCGCAAGGUCAAGGCAACAAUUUAGGGGUUCAACGUCGACAACAUCGAGCAUAGGCGAUUGGCGAGAGCACAACGAUGAUGGGACGGUGGCGAAAUGAUGAUGGCGGCGAUGGAGAUGGUAGUGAGGCACUGCGAUGGAGAUGGUAGUGAUGCAUUGCGAUGCCCUGAAGCUAGCUGGCGUCGACAGAUCAACGACGAAGCCUGGUGCGGAUGGAGGCCUGGCGAUGGUUCUGCUGAGCCAUUGUUUUAUCAAUUGAUUCACCGAGCUUAAAGCCACGCCGGGGAUGAGCUUGCGUAUGGGAUACAGGUUGUCUGUCGACUGAUUAGUUGAAGAGUGAGUUUCGAGCUUCUUUUUCAUUUUUUGCUUAACUUUAGGGUUUUGACUUCUGCUGAACCGUUGUUUUCUCAAUGUAUUCAUCAAACUUAAAGCCACAUCGGGAAUGAGUUUGCUAUGGGAUACAGGUUGUCUGUUGUUUGUUGGCGGAUUGGUUAGAUGGUGAGUUUCCAUCCUCUGUUUGGGAGACCAGAAUCACUGGUUUAUGGGAAAGAAACUGAAGAAUAGGAAGAAGUAGAAGAGCUAUUCUCUUCUCUAUUUUCCAAUGUCGCGUCGGCUGUUGUGACUUCCUUCCUUUAUCUGCUUUUCCAUUGUGUUCAUUUUCCCAUUAUUUGCCAAUGUUGUGUUUGUUUUUACAAUUUCAGUUAUGUUUUUCUUUUGUUCUUAAGUUUUUUGUUUCUUCUUUUGCUUUAAUAUGUGUUUGGCUAUUUCUGUUUGGGUAGUAAAGGAUGUUGGAUGCGAAGACACCUUCGUUUGAACUCUCAAUUGUGUCCUGAAGGAGCUUGUCGGUUUGCCAUUGAUUUUGAUGGUAACUUCUUGUGGAUGAGUUUUUUUGAUGCUCAUGAGUUUUAAAACUCAUAUUUCACCUUUGAUUUUGCUUUUUUGCAUGUUUGGUGUGAUAAAUGUUUUGGCUUUCAUGUUUCUUUUGCGCUCCAGCUUUUAAGCAAAGUGUUUGAUGCCUAUGGUUGGUUUUAGAAGCUAUUUAUCUACGGACGAUGUAUGUUCGAGGCUGAAGGCUUUCUUUUUUUAUUUGUUUCUUGAUCCAACAAUCUCACUAUCUCAGGACUGAUGUUCUCCUCCCAACUGAUUUAUCCCUUUGUUGAAGAAUGGCAGUUUCAGGAACUAUCAUUUAACAUGGACCAGUAAGUAGAUUAUGUUUAUAGAUUGUUGGCUAAUUUAGUUAUCGCUUGAUGUUAUGUUAAAGAAUAUCGAAUGCACACAGUUACAGUUUUUUAUUUUUAACUUUGCUUGGCAUCUUUAGGAAUCAAGACCAACAUAAUUGACAUAUAAUAGAGUCAUUUCCUUCUCAUGGAAAAGGUGAACGAGAUUUCCUUCUUUUGAUCUAGUUUCUGGUGGUUAGUGAGUUAAGAGUUUAUUUUAUGUCUUUCUUUCAAAGGUUGGUUGUUGUUCUUUUACGUCUUUUAAUGUUGUUUCCAAGCUUCAAUCAAGUAGAAGUUAUGUGAUUUUUAUUGUAUUCCGGGAACAGCAAGAAAAGUAAAUCUUGAUUUUUUUUUUGUAUAUUAAAGUGUUUCUUGUUCAUAAUAUCAUAAAAGACGGGUGAUCUCGUUUGAACAUGAAUCGUAUGCUCGGAAUGAGGAUUAUGAGGCGAGUGCAUUGAAUGCACCCAAAAAAGUGGGUGCAAACCGAAUACGCCACCAUAUAUAUAUAUAUAUAGGUGACCACUUCGGUGCACUCACAAAAAUGAGUGCGUUCAAUCCACCCAACUCAAAAACUAGUCUUAAGGUGUCAGAUUUUGAAUUUUAAUUUGUAGAAUUAGUGUAAUAUGAUGAUAUAACAUAUGCUAACAACUAAUUAGCGAAUUAUCCUAAGCCCUAGACCUCCAAUUUUGAGUUCUAUCCCUAAUCCCCAAAUUGUAAACCCUAACCCUAACCCUAAAUCUCUUAACUCUAAAUCCUUCAAAUUAAAGUAAAUCUUUAAUGGUUUUUGUGCAAAUUCAUGUGCGUUAUUGUAGACACCACAUUUUGUCCGGGGUAAUCGUUCUACUAAAAAAACAACUCGAUGUAACAUUGCUUUACAAUUAUAUUUGGAAAGAUAACUUGAAGUGAAUUGGUUGAGACUAGCAGUAGCAAGUCGAUAUGAACCAAUGAUUAUCAAUUAUUGUUCUACGCAUUGAGAUUAGGAAUUUAGUAUGCUUCCUGUUUUGGAUGUUGAUACAAAUUACAAUAUAUAGAGCACGAAUCAGUAAAGACUAAAAUAAACUUUGCUAAUUGAUUUCUUACAUCGUAAUUUGCAUCGACAUUGAAGGAAAAUGUAAUUACAUGGGCCAUUACAAAUUCUACAUGUACAAAGAAAGACUAGUUCUUUUCUUCAGCCCCUCAUUUUAGGCCCAGCCCUGGAGACCUGGAACAUAAGAGAAAACCAGUCAGAUCAAGGCCUGAUUCCAAGCCCAGAGCUCGGCCCAACAAACAUCCAAGCCCAAACGAAGGCCAAGUCGGCCCAAAAUACAGGCCCACAGCUCUGCCAUUUCAGCUUAAAACUGUGUGCUAACUGCCAACCCUAUCCUGACCAGGCAGAACCGACCAACUGUGUUGGAGGCCUCACAAUGGGCCUCAAAAUCGACCAAUGAAGAAAAGACACGCGGGACAGCUUUUUUGCUAUAAAUGAGCUCUUGGGGC